AUGGUGUUGUCUAUGCUAGUAGCGCUCACUACGGCCCCUGCCCUCCUCGGUACCGCAGAGGCCAUUCGUCAGGGCCAAUCAAAGGAUAGGAGAGAGGAACAUCGCGCUCGUCGAUGCAAUCUUAUCGUUACUUGUGUCAAAUCGUGCAUUCGUAGCAGGGAAAUAGAUAGCAGGCAGGUGGUUCUGAAGGAUAAUAAGACAUCUCAGCCACAGGAAACGCAAUUCGGCCAUCCGUUCGCAGGCUACUAUCUCCCCUACCCGGACGAGAAGUACGAAGGGCUCGUCUCGACGAUAGUAGACGAGCCUCCCGUGUUAAACUGGAUAUAUGUCGACAAAGACACAUACGAAGUGAAAUAUGGUAUCCGGGCGCAAGCUCAGCCUAAUAUCCACGGACCUUUCGAUUGCACGAGGAAGGACCGGCGUGUUAUCCUCGAAGGUUGGGAAGGGUUUGUUGCCGUGGAAGAAGAAGAAGGACUAUGGGCUUUAUACUUUGAUCGAGAUGACAAUGGAUUGAAAGGAAAAGUGAAACCGGGAACCAGAGUGCUGGAGAUCGAAUUGACGAGGAAAGAAAAGCGGAUUUCGAAGCAGAAGACGUCGACGUCUGGAAGGGAUAAUCGUUUAUCAUGGGCUGGCCCGAAGGCAAAGACAAGCACAUCUACGAACGCAGAAUUAAGCGUUCCUAAUGGCAUACCCGGGACAAGGAAAAGACGAUGGUCAAAUAUUUGA